AGAAAACCUAUCACCUGUGGUUGGUUGUUUGUUACCUGUGUCCAAUAUCCAUACAAUUCAGUUCACAACCAAUGUGUUUGGUUAUACAGUGGCCUGUGUUAAAACCUCACUUUUGUUGCUGAACAUCAUCAAAAAAAACCUAAGGAUGGCACCAGGAAAGGGGCCGUCUCAGGUGAACCAAAAUAACAAAAAACAACGAUUUCCGUAGCUGAGAAAAUGUGCAUCUAUGUCUGUCUGUCUGGAACACGCCCUCCGGUUUCUCUCAUCCCAUAUCAUCAAUAACCCCGUUCCUCCUCUGUAUUCAGUGGGGAGACAUGAGAGUGGCCGGCUGUCUAGGACAGUGAAAAUUCCACAACGAGACGUUUCGAAGGAGCGGGCAGUAAGAUCUGCAUUCUCAAGUUGAUAGCGCAUGUUUCGGUUCUGGGUCGCAAACCUACAGCCAACACAUAUAUACAAGGAUAUCCUGUCCAAGGAGCUGCCUUGUGAAGGCUGGGGGUACGGGACGAGCUACACAGAUGGGAAAGACAGGAGAAGAGACAGAGACAGACGGUAGCAUGGUGUCUAUCGCUGACUACUACGCAGGCAAGAAUGUACUGAUCACUGGCGCCACGGGCUUCAUGGGCAAGGUGCUGGUGGAGAAACUGCUGCGGUCCUGUCCAGAGGUCCAAACCCUCUACCUCCUAGUCAGGCCCAAGGCUGGACAGUCCAUGCAGGAACGGGUCAGCGACAUGAUAAAGUGCAAGGUGUUUGACCGCGUGAGGGAGGACAACCCAGACUUCCAUCAGAAGAUAGUUCCUAUCAGCAGUGAGUUGACACAGCCUGCCCUGGCCAUCAGUCCUGAGGACGUAGAGAGACUGACCUCCUGCGUCAACAUCAUCUUCCACUGUGCUGCCACCAUCCGCUUCGACGAACCCCUCAAACACGCCCUGCAGCUGAAUGUGAUGGCCACGCAGCAGCUCCUGAAUCUGGCCCAGCAGAUGCACCACCUCCAGGCCUUCAUCCACAUCUCCACAGCCUACGCCAACUGCAACCGCAGGCACAUCGACGAGAUCAUCUACCCACCGCCUGUAGAACCCAAGAAGCUCAUCGACUCCCUGGAGUGGAUGGAGGACAGCAUCGUCCGUGACAUCACGCCGCGCCUCAUCGGGGAGCGCCCCAACACCUACACCUACACCAAAGCCCUGGCAGAGUGCGUGGUCCAGAAGGAGAGCAGCAAGCUCAGCAUCGGCAUCAUCAGACCCUCCAUAGUGGGAGCCAGCUGGCAGGAGCCUUUCCCUGGUUGGAUUGACAACUUCAAUGGACCAAGCGGAGUCUUCAUCGCUGCGGGGAAGGGCAUCCUGCGCACCAUGAGAGCCAACAAUGAUGCGGUGGCGGACCUCAUCCCCGUGGACGUGGUCAUCAACCUGACCCUGGCCGCUGGCUGGUACACGGCAGUGCACAGACCCAAAACAGCGUUGGUUUACAACUGCACAACGGGCGGCACAAACCCUUUCCACUGGGGAGAGAUCGAGCACCAUGUGAUGUCCAGCUUCAAGAGGAACCCUCUGGAGCAGGCUUUCAGAAGGCCCAACGCCAACAUCACCUCCAACUACCUGAUGAACCAGUAUUGGAUCCUGGUCAGCCACAAGUUACCUGCCCUCAUCUACGACCUCUACCUGAGACUGUCCGGACAGAAACCCCAGAUGAUGCGUAUCUUCAACCGGCUGCACAAAGCCAUCGGUCUGCUGGAGUACUUCAGCAGUCAGGACUGGGAGUGGAACUCAGAGAACAUGAGCAUGCUGAUGAGCCACCUCAGCCCUGAGGACAGGAAGACAUUCAACUUUGACGUGCGUCAGCUGAACUGGCCGGAGUACAUAGAGAACUACUGCAUCGGCACCAAGAAGUACGUUCUGAAUGAAGACAUGUCCGACAUCCCUGCAGCCAGGCAACACCUCAGGAAGCUGAGGAACAUCCGCUACACAUUCAACACUCUACUGCUGGUCUUCAUCUGGAGGGUGUUCAUCGCCCGCUCCCAGAUGGCCAGGAACAUCUGGUACUUUGUGGUCAGCCUCUGCUUCAAGUUCCUCUCCUACUUCAGAGCCUCCAGCACACUCACCAACUGAUGACCAACUGACCGUUGACCAGCUGAACGCCCUGCUCGCCUCCUCAACCAGACCUCACCCCUCAGACCUCCAGCAGCACACAACCCCACUCUUUAACCAGACCUCAGACCUCCAGCAGCACACAACCCCACUCUUUAACCAGACCUCACCCCUCAGACCUCCAGCAGCACACAACCCCACUCUUUAACCAGACCUCACCCCUCAGACCUCCAGCAGCACACAACCCCACUCUUUAACCAGACCUCAGACCUCCAGCAGCACACAACCCCACUCCUCAACCAGACCACUCCCCUCAGACCUCCAGCAGCACACAACCCCACUCUUUAACCAGACCUCAGACCUCCAGCAGCACACAACCCCACUCCUCAACCAGACCACUCCCCUCAGACCUCCAGCAGCACACAACCCCACUCUUUAACCAGACCUCAGACCUCCAGCAGCACACAACCCCACUCUUUAACCAGACCUCACCCCUCAGACCUCCAGCAGCACACAACCCCACUCUUUAACCAGACCUCACCCCUCAGACCUCCAGCAGCACACAACUCCACUCUUCAACCAGACCUCAGACCUCCAGCAGCACACAACCCCACUCCUCAACCAGACACUGUUCCUUCUGACCCUGUUGUACGUCAUACAGUAAAACCAUAUUUAUUUUCUAACUACGGCUUUUCUUAAAGCGACAGAUUACAUAUGCAACAAUAAACCCAUUGUAUACUCUCCCCACGUUUUUGCUCAUAGUUUACGUCCUCCCCAACCCAGAUACAAUGUCUUGGAAUAGAGGAUUUUUUUGCAUACUUGAAAUACUGUAUGUCAGGCCUCCACUGAAAGACCAUUUCUGUACAUUGACUCUUAAUGUGUGAAUCCUGAUACAGAAUAUUUGGGAACCUGUACUCUGUAGCGAGGCCAGCUAAGGAUAUCCGAGAGUAACUUCAGUGUUGAUCACAUUAAGGGCUCUAUUCAAUCUGUGAAGUUGAAGCGUUACAGACUCCCCGAUUAUAAAUUAAAAAGGUAAUUUCCAAUUGAGCCAACACAUGCAGCUUUUACCGUGAAUGCAGUCUGCAAAAGCAGGAACAUUCCCUUUGUUUCAAUCAUGCCGUAAAGCUGAACUUCUGUGAUGCGGAUUGAAUGGAGCCCUAAAUCUUGACCACUGGAGACUACUACUGUAGUACUACAAACAUCUGACCUGGUUGACGACUACUGCAUAUUGACAAAGGUAUGUUUGACAUAACGCAUAAGACACAUUUUUUGUUUUACUGUUUGUCCACUUUUUGCCUGUUUAUAUUGAAACUAAGUUUACUAUUUUUUCAUCUUUAUAAAUAAUUGCGUCAAACUGAGGCUUGUCUUAAGUGAUACAGUGCAUUCGGAAAGUAUUCAGACCCCUUGACUUUUUCCAAAUGUUACAUUACAGCCUUGUUCUAAAAUUGGUUAAAUAAAUGUUUUUCCUCAAUCUACACACAAUACCAAAGCGAAAACAGGUUUAGACAUUUUUGAAAAUGUAUUAAAUAAAAAACAGAAAUACCCUAUUUACAUAAGUAUUCAGACAUUUGCUAUGAGACUCAAUUGAGCUCAGGUGCAUCCUGUUUCCGUUGAUCAUCCUUGAGAUGUUUCUACAACUUGGAGUCCACCUGGUGUAAAUUCAAUUGAUUGGACAUGAUUUGGAAAGGCACACAACUGUCUAAGGUCCCACAGUUGACAAUGCAUGUCAGAGCAAAAAGCAUGAGGUCGAAGGUAUUAUCAGUAGAGUUCUGAGACAGGAUUGUGUUGAGACACAGAUCUGGGGAAGGGUACCAAAACAUUUCUGCAGCAUUGAAGGUCCCCAAGAACACAGUGGCCUCCAUCAUUCUGAAAUGGAAGAAGUUUGGAACCACAAACUCUUCCUAGAGCUGGCCACCCAGCAAUCGUCACAUCUGGAGGAAACCUGGCACUAUCCCUACGGUGAAGCAUGGUGGUGGCAGCAUUAUGCUGUGGGGAUGUUUUUUAGCAGCAGGGACUGGGAGACUAGUCAGGAUAGAAGGAAAGAUGAACGAAGCAAAGUACAGAGAGAUCCUUGAUGAAAACCUGCUCCAGAGCGCUCAGGACAUCAGACUGGGGCAAAGGUUCCCCUUCCAACAGGACAACAACCCUAAGCACACAGCCAAGACAAUGCAGCAGUGGCUUCGGGACAAGUCUCUGAAUGUCCGUGGUGCAGCCAGAGCCCGGACUUGAACCCGAUCAAACAUCUCUAGAGACCUGAAAAUAGCUGUGCAGCGACAUUCCCCAUCCAACCUGACAGAGCUUGAUAGGAUCUGCAGAGCAGAAUGGGAGAAACUCCCCAAAUACAAGUGUGCCAAGCUUGUAGCGUCAUACCCAAGAAGACUCAAGGCUGUAAUCGCUGCCAAAGAUGCUUCAACAAAGUACUGAGUAAAGGGUCUGAAUAUUUAUGUAAAUGUGAUACUUCAGUUUUUGUAAAUUUGCUCAAAUUUAUAAAGACCUGUUUUUGCUUUGUCAUUAUGGGGUAUUGUGUGUAGA